CCAACCAAAACCACGGAGACGAGCGAGAGCAGAGGGCGAAAAAGUAAAAGAGAGAAACGCAGGGAUAGAGCGAGAGAGACGUAAAGCCGCCGCUUCGUGCGCGUCGACGUCACCUCGCCGCCGGGGGCCGGGGGCCAUCUCGCAGCGGGUCUCCUCCUCCUCGUCCCUAGGUAGGGUAGGGGCUCCCUUCCUUCCCUUCUCCUCCGGGCCGGGACUGGGCGGGCGCCGACGGAUCGGGACAGAUGGCCGGGAAGAAGCGCAAGGCGGAGGCGGCGCGGCUCGAGGAGACGGACCGGGCGCUCUACGGGGCCUUCCGGGGCGCCGCCAACUCGCUCUCGCAGCUCUACACGCUCGCCAUGGGCGCGCAGAAGGGCUCCUUCCACGCCGGCGAGCGGCACGCCAUGGAAAAGCUUUAUGAGUGGAUCUUGAGGCAGCACGAAAAUGGCUUGAGGCUGACAGUUGCUGAUAUAGCCUCCCACAUCCAGCAUGAGAUUCAGUACGGAGGAGACAACGCAUCAGCCUCUCCAAGGUCACAAUAUCCUAGCCAAAUCACUGCACCUACAGUGCAUAUCCCCAACACAAGUAACCAGCAACCAUCGCCAAGCUCAUUCGUGCCAGGAAAUCCUGGGUUGGCACAGUCUAAGAACUCCAUGGUCUUUUCGAAUGCGUUGUCCAGCCCCAUCCGGCGGAGCCUGCAGCCAUACCACCUAGAACAGGGCGGGGAAGCAGGGUACUUCGCGAAUGGCGCAAGCCGCGACGCCAACCCCACGGCAUCGAACGACUCGUCCAUGGACAUGCACUCAGACAGCCCAGCUCAUGACUCCUACUGAAUGAGCAGCUCGCUCGCACCAGAAAAGCCGGAAGAACAGCACUUCCAGUGGAAGAAGUCGGUGCCACUGUCACAGGUCAAGUAGGUCUAUUCAAUUUAACACCUUGCCUAGCCUCCUCUUACACUAAGCGUGUGAUGUCUUGUGUUGCUGUUACUACUACUGCUUACCACCUGUUGCUUUGCCAGGAUACUGUAAUUUGCAUGUGUUAUACUGUACCAUUUGAUUUAUCUGUGCAUAUUACUGCUGUUGGUAUGCGACGAGUGCAGGGGCCAACCUAUUGGAAACAAUUAACAUCUAA